UUAGGAUCUUUGGUCUACCUAGUAUCGUCAAAUAUCGCGGUAGCCGCCUCCCUAUCUCUACGCAAUGUGCCGUGCUGCUUCUAGCGGCGCUGGUGACAGUGCUGAAAGCUGUUGGGUAUGAAGUGAAACCGAACUGAAUUUUUGUACCAUCCGCAACUGCUUCAAGUUCAGAUCAAAUCAAAGAAACUGAAGACAAACCUCCCAAAACAAAGUCAACACUGAAGAAGCGUUGGUGAAAAAGGAUCACUUCAAGGAUUUAAACGCAAGAAGUAACCAAAUCCUGAAACGACCAAAGAAUACGCACAUCAUCCCAACUGCGAAGUGGAAGAGAAGCAAACUUGCGCCCAAGCAUAUUCUGAGAAGACCAUAGUUGAUCUGAAACCAGAAGUUUGUGCCUACUCAACAGCUUUGACAAAGCACACGUCCCAACGCUGCUCCUAGCCCUCCUCAUCCUCACUACACCGCCGACUCACCACCGGGGUGUGGAGUGGGCUGCUAUCUGCUAGUUGUUGUUGUUGGUUUUUUUGUUUUGUUUUUGUUUUUUUCCUUUUCCCCACUCCCAUAGCUCCCUUCCCCAACUUACCCCCUCUUUUUUUCCCUCCUUUUUCCUGAGCAGUGUUUUUUGCACCUGCCUUUGCCUUUUGUUUUAUUUUUGCUCUAGAUUUCUAUCUCCACCCCCCCCCUUUUUUUAUUUUUUACUUUAUGCAACGAUCUAGAACUUGUGCCAGAAACUGUAACAAGUGUGCGUGUUCAACUGUGUGCGUGAAGAGGUCCACAAAAACUGCUAGUUCAUCAAAAUCCUGAGAGAUACAAGACACAAGGCGACCAAUAAAGAUGAGUUUUGACCCAGGCAUGCUCCACAACAAUGGGCACACUGCAUAUGCCAAUGGCUCAGGGCCUGGCAUUAGAGAGACUGGUGUGGUGGAGAAGCUCUUGACUUCCUACGGGUUUAUCCAGUGCUCUGAACGUCAGGCUCGUCUCUUCUUCCACUGCUCCCAGUACAAUGGCAACCUGCAGGAGCUUAAAAUAGGAGAUGAUGUAGAGUUUGAAGUUUCCUCUGACAGGCGCACUGGCAAGCCCAUAGCAGUGAAGCUGCUUAAGAUAAAGCCAGAAGUGCUGCCAGAGGAGCGCAUUUCGGGCCAGGUGGGGCCAGACCUGCACGCCUAUCCCUUUACUGUGCUGCAUGGUUAUAUUCAUCCAGUUGUGUCAUCAAUCCCGUUGCAUUUGGAUGGAAAGUCUGCUCCUGGACAGGUGCCCACUGGCAGUGUCUGCUAUGAAAGAAAUGGGGAAGUAUUUUACCUUACAUAUACUCCUGAUGACGUGGAGGGAAAUAUCCAUUUGGACACGGGGGACAAAGUCAGCUUCUAUAUGGAGACCAAUAAGCAUACUGGUGCAGUCAGCGCUCGUAAUAUUCAGCUUGUGAAGAAAAAGCAGAUGAGGUGCCAGGGUGUAGUGUGUGCUACAAAGGAGGCCUUUGGAUUCAUUGAAAGAGCAGAUGUGGUGAAGGAGAUCUUCUUUCACUACAGCGAGUUCAAAGGUGAUCUAGAGGCUCUUCAGGCUGGAGAUGAUGUGGAGUUCACCAUCAAAGAUAGAAAUGGUAAAGAAGUAGCAACAGACGUGAGGCUCCUCCCUCAAGGAACAGUCAUCUUUGAGGAUAUCAGCAUUGAGCAGUUUGAAGGCACCGUUGUAAAGGUCAUUCCCAAAGUCCCCACCAAGAACCAGAAUGACCCUCUGCCCGGUCGUGUCAGUGUAAGGAUGGGUUUCAAUGACAAGGAACUUCCGUUUGGCGAGAAGGACACAAAGACCAAGGUGACUCUUUUGGAGGGAGACCACAUACAAUUCAACAUCUCUACUGAUCGUCGAGACAAGCUUGAGCGGGCUACCAACAUCGAAAUCUUGCCAGACACUUUCAAGUUCACCAAGGAGAAUCGUGAAAUGGGGGUGAUUGCAGCUAUACGCGAUGGCUUUGGAUUCAUUAAGUGUGUGGAUCGGGAUGCCAGGAUGUUCUUUCACUUCAGUGAAGUCCUAGAGGAGGGCCAGCUUCAUAUCUCAGAUGAAGUGGAGUUCACUGUUGUGCCUGUAGGUCCUGUUUAUAAGCUUUUCAAAAAAGAUAUGCUGUCAGCUCAGAGAAACCACGCAGUGCGCAUUAAGAAGCUUCCGAAAGGCACAGUGUCUUUCCAUAUCCAGUCUGAGCAACGUUUUGUGGGUGUAGUGGAAAAGGAAGUUGUUGGAAACACCGCCAAGAACAUCAGUCCCACCAAGGGCAAGGAGAAGGAGUCUGAGGAGGGAGUGAUUGCAUAUGAAGACUGUGGAGUGAAGCUCACUGUGCCAUACCAUGCCAAGGACCUAGAGGGAGGAAGUCACCCACAGGUUGGGGACAAGGUGGAGUUCUCAAUCAAUGAAGUGAAGCGAACUGGCCAACAGAGUGCCGUCUCCAUCCGGGUCCUCAACCGUAAUGCCUCUGGUGCCAAGAGACUGCAUGGAUUCGUUGCUGCACUGAAAGAUAACUUUGGUUUCAUUGAGACAGCAAAUCAUGACCAGGAAGUGUUCUUUCACUACAGUGAAAUGUGCGGAGACUUGGAUAACUUGGAUCUGGGAGACACAGUGGAAUACAAUCUCUCAAAGGGAAAAGGAAACAAAGUCAGUGCUGAAAAGGUCACCAAGGUUGCUGCAGUGAAUGGCAUUGGUGAAGAUGUUGGUGGGACAGUGAUGACAGGGAAAGUUAUCCGUCCUAUACGCAGUGUUGACCCCUCCCAGACUGAAUACCAAGGACUUGUUGAGUUCUCAGAGGAAGGAGGAUCAAAAAUGCAGAAUUAUCCAUUUGGAAUCAUGAGUAUGGCAAACAAGUCUGAUUGUUUGCAAAAAGGAGAACAGGUGAAGUUCCAGGUUUGCACAAUAACCCAGACUGGACAGAAGAUGGCCUGUAAUGUGGUUCCGCAGCGUAGAGCCAUGGUGGAGUGUGUUAAAGACCAGUUUGGCUUUAUCACAUACGAAGUUGGUGAUAGCAAGAAGUUAUUCUUCCAUGUAAAAGAAGUGCAAGAUGGUCUGGAGCUUCAGACUGGGGAUGAAGUGGAGUUCUCAGUUGUCCUCAAUCAACGCACAGGAAAAUGUAGUGCCUGCAAUGUACGCAGAGUCAGUGAGGGGCCUAAACCAGUGGCGACUCCACGUCCUGACCGCCUGGUGAACAGACUCAAGAGUAUCACGCUUGAUGACGCUAGUGCUCCUCGCCUGGUCAUUGUAAGGCAGCCUCGUGGUCCUGACAAUUCAAAGGGCUUCAAUGUGGAGCGAAAGACUCGCCAGCCUGGUGUCAUUGACUGAGCAAUACAGGGCCUACCCCCAUUUGGUGUUGGAGGGAUGCUGUUGCCGAGAGCAGCAGCAGGGGAUAAGGGAAUUUAAUUUGACACAUGCUUGUACACAAACUCAUCCGCAAAACAUACGCACACAUACAGUAAUUGGCAUGUGUAAUCUUUGUCCCCAGUCUGCAGUGGAACUUUUCUUAUUCCACAGUUCCCUGCCUCCCAUGUAUGAUGUACUUGAUACAGAGUUCCACGCUGCAGUGUACAUGGGGACCUCUGAGUGUGUGCGUAUGAUGUAUCCUAGAAUUGAUUAGUGUGUAAUGGAGGUAUUUGUUUCUAAGGGGCUUGUUCCCUCCAAGUCAGAGUGGUGACUGUGUGGCUGUCUAUGUCCUGAUUUUCUGCUUUGUCUGGAAUUCUGCACCUGUAAUCUGUCCGCUAGUUUGACUGGGCGAGUGAGUCUGAUUGUUGGCAUGUGUUUGAACCUCGGCUCCAUAUUCGUUCUUACUUUUUGCUCCCUUACCGAUGGAAACGUAAUAACUUCACUAUCAGGUUUCCACUCCUGUAUGCUUUCCUACAAAACGCAUAAAGCAAAGCUCCCUCCAUAAGGAGGAUCAUAUUUCUCAUAUGUGCAAGCUUAAACUGAGGAUUCUUCUCUGCUCGGUUUUUUUGAGCAGUUUUUAAAAUGCUUUAUUGAAGUGGAAGCAUGGCGCGUGUGUGAUGUAUGUGAAUGUCAAAGUAGUUAAUCUAAUGAGAUUUACUUCCACCAGUCUGGAGUUUUGAGAUGCCUUUUUGGUAUUCACAUGCUCCACUUCAGCAUUUCUUUUUCUUCCUCUUUUCUCUCUCCCCUCCCAGGUGCAGAAUUCCUUGUGGCAUCUUAUAUCUGCAGAUCUUUUAUACCUUUUGUUUGUUUGUUUCUUGCACAUUAUUAUUUUUUUUUUUUUUUUUUUUUCCUUCUCCAUUGAAACUUAAUCUGCUAAUAUUAAGAAUAAGGUGCCUAAACUGAAAGCAAAACGAAAUAAACAAAAACAAAAAAAAAAUUAGAUGUGUCCUCUGAUUCCAGCCAACCGCCAAAAUAUUCAGAACAAUCUUAGGGUGGCUUUCUCUUAAAGUAGGAAAAAUACUGAUAUGCAUCCCAAACCUGUGGGUUCACGUAUACUGUACGUAAUGUGUGCUCCUUUUUUUUUUUUUUUUUUUUUUUUUUUUUUUUUAAGUGGAAUUUGGAAACUUCAAAUAUAAUGAAACCAAUGUAACUUACAGGAAAAGGGGUGAAGUAUUAGAAAGUCAGUUUUUAAGAAAAACUGCAUUAAAAAUCAGGAGAUCAGCUUGUGCGCUCUGGAGAUAAGCUGUUGUGCCUCUGCACGUUAAGUUACAGUCAAAAUUAUAAAUUUCUGGAGAUCACCGGGUUUCAGUUGAACCGCGUACAGAGGUUCUCAUGUACUUUUCUUAAUGUUCUUGAAUGAAACAACAAUUGAAUUAAAAUUUUAUGAAAUUCA